AUGGGAGCUGUAGCUUCGUGUCUGAACAGCAUCGUCUCGGCUAUCGCCGGGCUGUUGCAUACCAUCUUCUCGGCCAUCGGUAGCAUCUUGCACACCAUCGUCUCGGCCAUCGCAUCCUGCUUGACCGCCACAUUCAACUGUAUUGCCGACGUCCUCUGCUGUCGAUGCGGAGGCGGCGCAAGACGCCGAUCCAAAGUCUAA